AUGAAACUCAUACUCCUCUCCAUAUUGGGAUUAGUUUAUUCAUCUCGACGUGAUGAUGAUUUAGUAACGAACUUGCCCGGAUUAAUAUUUAACACAAAUUUUGAUUUCUAUUCCGGAUAUUUAAACGCGGGAAAUAAUGGAUCGUGGCGAAUGCAUUAUGUUUUGACAGAGUCACAAUCCGAUCCAGUAAACGAUCCUGUCCUUCUGUGGCUUAAUGGAGGACCAGGUUGCUCAUCAUUCUCAGGUCUUUUAGGAGAACUCGGUCCAUACUAUGUUAAUUAUGAUGGACAAACGUUAUUUGAAAAUGUUUAUGCAUGGAACAAAAAAGCCAAUGUACUAGCUAUAGAAUCUCCAAUUGGUGUUGGCUUCUCCUAUGAUAAUACUACAGCCAAUUACACAAAUGCCAACGAUGAUCAGACUGCUCUCCAGAAUUAUAAUGCCCUCAUAGAUUUCUUCAAAAAUGUUCGCCCUGAUUUACAGAAGAAUCCAUUGUUCUUAUCGGGUGAAUCAUAUGCAGGAAUAUACAUCCCCACCCUUUCCAAACUGAUUGUCGAUGGAGUCAACGACAAAACUUUUCCUAAUCAAAAUUUCCGAGGAGCUGCCAUUGGAAAUGGUUUCAUGCACGUCAAGUAUCUGAUGAAUUCAUUGGUUCUAUGGGGAGCUUAUCACGCCCGAAUCUCUCAAGACGAAUGGGCAAGAGCCAAACAAGUUUGUCAAACUGAUGGUUUGACUGAUCAUGAUAAGUACGAUUAUACCAAAUUCAUGAAAACAACAAAUGGAAUGGACUACGUAGCUGAUAAUUCUACAGAGUGUGGAAGAAUCAUAGAUCAACUCAUAACUGAUUCACCAGCAUCAUCUGACAUCUUCUUUGAUCAGUACAAUUACUAUCAAGACUGUUAUUCCUUGACAGCUGUAUCCAAAACUGGCAUGAAGUUUGACUAUGGCGGUUUCACAGGUUUCGACAAGAAUACAGCUAAAGUUUUCAAUUACGAUUCCACUGAUCCACAGUUUGGAUAUCCCUGUUGGAGUGACUCAGCCAUCAGAAUCUAUCUGAAUAGACCAGAAGUUCAAGCUGCUCUCCAUAUUGAAGACGCUUGGAAGAAACAGAACCAAUCAUGGAAGGGUUGCAAUGACCCAAUGUAUGAUUUAUACAAUUUAACUUAUGCCACAACAAAUGACUUUUUCAACUAUGUUAUACAGAAAAGCCAAAGUAGCUUCCGAUUUUUAAUUUAUAACGGAGAUGUUGAUACGGUCUGCAACUAUCUUGGAGAUUCCUGGUUCAUUCAAGAUGUAGCUAGAGACAACAACUUAACAUCGUCUCAAAGAAAACCUUGGUUCUUCGGAAGCUCUAUUGCCGGUUACAAUCAGAACUAUGUUGUCCUCCAAAAUGCUGGUUCCGUAAGCAUUGAUGUGCUCACAGUGAAGGGAGCAGGUCACUUCGUUCCCAACGAUCGUCCCGGGGUUUCCUUACAAAUGAUCACUAACUUUAUGUUUGACUCUAAUUCAGCUGUAGACUACAGUUCAACAUCCUUCGUUAAUUCUCAACCUAAGAUUGCUCCAUUGAAAACAACCAAAACUACGGCGGCUCCGCCUACUACGGUAUCAACAACUGUGUCACCUUCCACUGCCCCACCAUGCACUGUGCCGACAGUCCCUACUACCGUACCCACAAAUAAAGCUUCAACUAAAGCAGCUACCAAAAAAGCUACUACUACUUCUUCUUAUGAAAGCUCAACGAAAAGCUCAAACAGAAUACUUUCUUAUUUCGUUUUAGUAUCUCUUAUGGGUCUAUUGUUAUAA